GGGGGCUGCAGGCGAGGAAAGGGUGACAGCCAGGCUGGGAAGAGAAGUGCAGUUGUGUUGCAAGAAGUUUGUGCUCACACUGAGGUCAGCGGUUCGGCUGCUCACGUGGCUUGGAACUAUAAAGCUGGAUGCAGGAGCUGGGCUGCUCAGCUCAGAGCUCCACUGUCCUGGGAGCACAAGGAGGAAAACACAAGCAAGAAAAAAACAACAGGGAAGCGGAGGAGUUAAACAAAGAGGAGAAACAUGGAAACAUCUCAGACACACAGCUCCGAAAGCAUGUCCAAGGACCUGUCAGAACUGCUGAAGGAAGCUACCAAGGAGGUGCACGAGCAGGCGGAGAACACGCCGUUCAUGAAGAAUUUCCAGAAGGGGCAGGUGUCACUCCACGAGUUUAAGCUGGUUACAGCAUCCUUGUACUUCAUCUACUCUGCUCUGGAGGAAGAGAUUGAACGUAACAAGGACAACCCAGUUUACGCCCCCGUCUAUUUUCCGGCGGAGCUGCACCGGAAAGCUGCCUUGGAGGAAGACCUGAAGUACUUCUAUGGCAGCAACUGGAGGAAAGAGAUCCCAUGUCCUGAGGCUACCCAGAAAUAUGUUGAGAGGCUCCACUAUGUAGGCAAGAACCACCCAGAGCUCCUGGUGGCCCAUGCCUACACUCGGUAUUUGGGAGACCUGUCUGGGGGGCAGGUGCUGAAGAAAAUUGCCCAAAAGGCCCUCCAGCUGCCCAGCACUGGAGAAGGGUUGGCUUUCUUCACCUUUGAUGGAGUGUCCAAUGCCACCAAGUUCAAGCAGCUCUAUCGCUCCCGCAUGAAUGCCCUUGAGAUGGAUCAUGCCACUAAGAAAAGGGUCUUGGAGGAGGCCAAGAAAGCAUUCCUGCUAAAUAUACAGGUGUUUGAGGCGCUGCAGGAGCUGGUGUCUAAGGGCCAGGAGAAUGGUCAUCCUCAGCAGCCAAAGGCAGAGCUUCGCACAAGGAAUGUGAACAAAUCAUAUGAGCACGGUGCAGCGCCUGGGAAAGAAUGCGAGAAGACAAACAGGAGACACACAGGCAUGAUGCCCACCACUCCCCUGGUACGGUGGAUCCUGGCACUUGGCUUCCUGGCCACGACAGUCGCUGUGGCCUUGUUUGCCAUGUGAAGAAGCAGGACCUUCACCUUCUCUUCGUGCCUUCCCUCACUAUGAACUAAUCCACCUUCCCCAGUCCUUCCGAGAGAAAUUCCCUCUGACUGGGUACUGUGAUCUUGGCUCUGCCACUAAUAUUAGGAGACUUUUCUCCCCAGAAAUCAGAGUGUGCUGUAAGGGGGCUCAGGCAAAGUCUCUCCCAUGCUUGGUGUGAGCUCUUCUCAGAGACUAACUUUAUCACCAAAAACUAAGGGUAGAAAAAGCUAAAAACAAUGGCCAAGAAUCGUUGUUGCUUUACAGAGUGCCUGCAAAAAUCCUACAGGAUCAGAAAUGCAGCUUUGACAUCUGUCUCUCCUCAGAAAUGCAAAGCUCGCCAGAGCUCUGUUUGCUCAGUAUUUUUAUACUGCUAGAUAAUACUGUGAUCACUUUUUCUGUGGAACCACAUGGUUCCUGUGAGGUAUAGACUGUUUUAUAUGACACUAGUAGGUCUUUGUUAAUUCUUUUCCAAUCAUUUUUGGUUUUUUAAAAAGCAGAAGACAGUUGUUGAAGAUACAGUGUCAUUCCCUUGUCUGUUAUCUAAUUUAUACACAUAAUAAACUUGAACGUAAAGUCUUUA